AAUUACCAGAUAAAUCAGAUAAAAGACAGAAGUCAACUACUAAGGAGGACAAAUUUUCUAUAGCAAAAAAACUUAUCAAAGAAUUUAAAGAUGAUAGUUUAUCUGAAGAUAGUUAUACUUAUCUUUAUAAAGAAAUAGUUAAAGCUAAAGCUAAUAAUUUUAUUGCAA